AUGGCCGAGUUACAUACGACUACUAUCCUACAAAAUACUGAUAAUAUUUAUGUUCAAACUGAAGAUGAUAAUUCAACAAUACGACAAGUACUCGCCGAUAUCGAACGUCUCAUGGAAAUGCUAAGUAAUGAACUUGAUCAAAAUAAAUCUUCCAUAUCAUCGAAUUUAAUAAAUUAUUCACCACAACAAUUAAAAAUUACAUCAUCAUUAUGUUAUCCAACAUCAUCGACAACGAUAACAAGUGUUACAAUAACUGAUGAUAAUCAUCAACUUAUUGAACAUCUUCGUCAUCGUAUAGCUCAAUUAGAACAUGAACGAAACGUUCUUCUUACAUCAUAUCAAUUACUUAUUAAGCUACUUAAAUAA